UAGUUCAGUUUGCCCGUGUGUGCGUGAUGUGGAGUUACCUCCUAGCUGUAUACUGCGCCCUGCUUCAGGGACUACAGGCUGAUGAGAGGAUCAUCGGAGGGAUGGUCGUUGAAGGAGAAGAAAGACCACCGUUCAUGGCUGUAUUCAACUUUCAACCCAGUUCCUCUGUAAAGUGCACUAGUUCCAUUAUAUCAUCUCAGUGGAUAGUUUCAGCAGCACAUUGUAUUGUGAGUAAGGAGCAUAUAAUGGAUGGAUCCUGUUUGAAGAACUACAAAGCAGCAAAGUUUAAAACUGUGUGUGAACUGCAGCCAAAUGGUGAUAUGAAACUCAUUUUUCCAGAACAAGCUGAACCUUCACCAGAGGUUUAUGUUGGCGUGGAUGAUCUAAGUGCCCAGUUUAAAGAUGAAACUAAAAAGUUCCUCCUGGAUUAUAUUAUCAGUCAUAAAGAUGGUUACAAAGGAGGUAAAUAUGGUGCAUAUGGAGGUUAUGAUGUCAUACUACUUAAAACAAGGAAAAAAAUUGAUUUAAAACUCAAGGCUUGUUUGCCUGGACCUGACUUUGUGUAUGAUGACCCCAAGAUAGGGGGAUAUGGUCGGUAUAGACGAGUGCCCUGUGAAGUCAAUGAUUUGGGCCCCAAUGUUUAUCAGUUUUGCAAGGUGGACACUAGUUGUGAUUACAAAUCUAAGAGCUUUAAACAAGCAAAGUGUGACGUUAAAUUCAAUUAUGAGAAUAAGGAAAAGGUUGGAUGUAUAAAAGAUGAGGAUACACCUAGCUCUAAAAAUCCAGGUUGUUUGGACUUCAGAGCUAAAACUUCAAUGUCAGAUAAAGAAAUGACAAGGAAAAAUAUAACUGAGAUUGUUAUUUUUGCUCCUGGGGCAGCAACAGUGGUAACUAAAUGUUAUACAAAUGACCCUGGAAAAUAUGGAUGGUGUGGAAUAACAAAUAAUUUAGUUGAUGGAAAAACAAAAGCUGUUGAGGACAUAAGUGUAAGUCCUGACAAAGGUUGGGGAGUGUGCAGUGAUACCUGCGAAGAUGAAGAAAAUUUUUCUAUCACAGGAAAAGCUCGUGUGAAGCAUGUUCAAAUCAUUGACCAAACAUAUUGUGAUCAAGAACUUAACAAAAUUAGGAAAGGAAGAGAACCCUUUAUAGUUGAGCCAAAGGUCUAUUGUGUUGCAUACAAUGAAACUUACAAGACUGCAUUUUAUGAAAAGGGUGCAGAUGGUAGCUAUAAACCUCUGGAAAACAAGUUAGAGUACCACACUAAACUAGGCAGAACAUUUCCCUGGUACAUAAGAGCUACCGGAAGUUGCAGGGGUGACUCAGGAGGUCCACUUUAUGAAAAGAGGGGUGCGGAUAAUAUACUAUUAGGAAGUACUAGUCGGGGAACUGGCAGCCUAGAGAACUGCGGGGGUAUAGACAACCCAACUCAUUAUGUCAGAAUGAAGGAUAUGAUGCCCUGGAUAUCUGGAUAUGUUCCUAAAGAAGAACUUUGUAUCAAAUAAAUAAUUACACAAAUAAAUUUCAAAUACAUUU